AUGCUUGGUAGAAGCAAAUAUGUUACAAUGUCUUACAUGUUUGUGGCAAUAUCUUCAUUAAAAAAAUUACUUAAUGUUGAUAACAAUAUAGUUUCAGUUACAGUAGAUUUUAAUAAUUUAAAUUCUGCAUUUAGUAAUAACUUAGAUUUGAAAGAAAAGAUCGAAUUUGCUAAUGAACCAGAAAUAAUUGAAGCUAAAACUUAUUUGGUAGCUGAAUAUAAACUUUUUAAAGAAUCAGCAUCAACAUUAUAUGAUAUAACACAAAUAAAAGAUGAUAAGAAAAAAAAUGCAUUAUUAGCUGCUAUGUACACAUUAUCCAUUCAGAAUUCUAAAAUUAAUGAAAAAAUUUAA